CUCAUCGACAUGUUGGCAGCAAAAGCAGAGGAUGGGAGAGAGAGAGCAGAGACGGCGGCGGCGGCGUGAGCAGGAGAGAACGGUGCAAUAAAAAGCAGUUGUACUCACGCGGGGAAUUGAGAGAACCUGAGAGAGAGAGAGAGAGAGAGAGAGACGCACACAGCCAAAAUCCUCGUAGUCUCGCAACUCGAGGUUUGUGCCCUCUGCUUUUUUAUUCCAAAGAUCGAAUUUUUAUUGCCGGGAAGCAGAGGCUUUUGCUCUCUCCGUUCUUCGGAUUGGACGAGGGACGGAGGGAGGAGAACGGAGUGCUGUGGAUUGCCGUGGAAGAUUAGCCGCUGCUGAUGGGAGUCCAGGAAGAAGAGGAGGAUCUGUUCUUCGACUCGCGUGAAGACGUCUCGUCGGUGUUCGACUCGUGUCCUGGCAGCCCCGCAAAGAAUGAUUCGCUCCCGGAAGAACAAUUCACCGGUCCCCAGUUCGAGUUUUGGCUCAAGAGUCCUCACGGCGUGAGGGAACGCCGAGACAAGUUCAUGCGAUGGAUGGGCAAGGAUCUCAUGAACUGCUCCCUUCCCAGCUCCUCUGGUUUGGAUGGACAGGUUCAGAUCGACGACGACAUCCUGCCAGGGAUCAACAGGAGCACGUCAAACUGUUGUGAUGCGGGGAACAAGUGUCCGAUGUGCAGCUGGUCUAGCCAGGAUGCGAGCACAUCUUGCAACGAGGCCUUGGAAGAGAACAUGGUGUACAGAAUCAAGAAUUUGGAUGAUGGUGCUGUUUUCACGGUGGAUGAGUUGGGAAAAGAUGGUAGCUUGAGAAGCCUUCGCAAAGCCGGUUCGAAUCAGAUGGCAGCGCUCAAUGAGCCUGAGAAAAGUUUGGGUCCGUCGUCUUCGAUCCCACGGCACAUGCAGCAAGAAGAUAACACAUCAAAGAAAUCUGGCAAUUCAGUGAGGAGGAAGUGGAAACGGUGGCUACAGAGACUAAGUGCUGUGGCUUGCAUUUUAGAUAGACAUUCCUUUAAAAAUGGAAUUGCCAAGUCUGGGAGAGUGGAAGUCAGGCAACACAGAAAGCAGUCAAAAGAACUGUCUGCAGUCUACAAGGGGCAAGACAUCAAAGCACAUGAUGGUGCAAUCUUGGCCAUGAAGUUUAGCCCUGAUGGCCGGUAUUUAGCUACUGGUGGCGCUGAUGGCAUUGUACGCGUGUGGCAUGCCAUGGAAUGUGAGAGGAAAGAUGAAUUUAGCAUUCCUGAUGAUGAUCCUUCGUGUUUAUACUUCACAGUGAAUCAUAACGCCGAAUUAACUCCUGUUCGAGCUGAUAAGGAGAAAAAGCCCAAUUCUAAGCGAACAAGGAGAACUACAGAUUCAGCUUGUGUCGUAAUUCCUGCUCAUGUUUUCCGGUUAUCGGAAAAACCAGUGCACGAAUUCCGUGGGCAUGAUGCAGAUGUAUUGGACCUUUCAUGGUCAAUGAAUCAGCUUCUAUUGUCAUCUUCCAAGGACAAAACUGUUCGCCUGUGGCAAGUUGGAUGUGAUCGCUGCCUCAAAGUUUUCUCCCAUACCAACUAUGUGACAUGUGUUCAAUUUAAUCCCAUGAAUGAGAAUUACUUUGUAAGCGGAUCUAUAGAUGGAAAAAUUCGUAUCUGGGAUGUUUCUGGAUGUCAAGUUGUGGAUUGGGUUUAUAUUAGAGAAAUAGUCACCGCAAUAGGUUACCAUCCCAAAGGAAAGAGACUGGCCAUUGGCACCUUGAAAGGCAAUUGUCGCUUUUAUGAUGCAUCGGAUACUCAUCUGCAAAGAGAAGCUCAGGUCUUUUUGCAAGGAAAAAAGAAGUCUGGUAACAAGCAGAUAACUGGAUUUCAGUUUUGCCCAGUGGACCCUAAAAAAUUGAUGGUCACCUCUGCUGACUCACAAAUUCAAAUUUUUGAUGGGACUAAUGUGGUCUCCAGAUACAAGGGUUUUUGUGGUGCUGGAAGUCAGAUGUAUGCAUCUUUCACCGCAGACGGGCAGCAUAUCGUCUCUGCCAGUGAUGAUUCAAAUGUCUAUUUCUGGAACCGUGCUAGCCAUAACACCUCCACGUCCAACCAUGUUAAGAGCACACGGUCUUGCGAGCAUUUCUUCUCCAGAAACACUACUAUCGCGAUACCUUGGCAUGGUUUGGAAUCCGGUGAUCGGAUCUCUGUGACCUCUGAGGUUAUCCAUUCCCAACAAGGUAACAGUGACGAAGCUGGAGUCCCAGAGAUCGAUUUGAAAUGCCACUCAGGAGAUUCUUACGGCAACAACGCACUGUAUCUUUCGCCUUCUGGUAGUUUCACUCUGAGUCAUGAAUUCUUCUCAGAGUUUUCGCCAAAGGGAUCGGUGACAUGGCCCGAGGAGAAACUUCCCUCGAGCUCUGCCGCAUCUACCUUGUCCAAAGCCCACCACAAGUUCUUGAAGACAUCUUUCCGGAAUACCUCCCAUGCCUGGGGUCAAGUGAUACUGACUGCUGGAUGGGAUGGAUCGAUCAGAUCCUACCAGAAUUAUGGUUUGCCAGUGUGCAUCGAUGACCAGUUUGGCCUUUACACGGCUGGCAUCAGUCUCUUCCAGUGGGCAUUGCCAACGAAUGAUCACCGCACCGAAGUUGAGUGACCAGCAAAGAUGAUGCAGCCGAUCCAGUUGGAGACAGACCUACAACUAUAGAGUUCCAUGCUCGGUGCUCCUUCCUUAUCGAGCAUGGACCCGUGCUGUUAACAUGUGCUGGUGGUCCUUGAAUGUCUUAGCAGCACCAUCAUCGAGCCAUGGAAGAAGGCCCAGAGAGGUCGAAGAUCUUCUGGGUUUGUGCAGUGCAGGUGAGAUUUUGAAGUCUCAAGUGUUUCUUUCAGAUCCUAUGGGUUUCGGAGACAUACUGCAAGCAGGUUGUGCCGAAAACC